UUAAACAUCGUCUUUGGUUCAUUUAAGAGCAGAACAAAAAUAAGCAGAGCAAUUAAGUAUUAUAUGUUAUUUUCUAAAGCAUUAUUUUAGAAUAAAAUUAAGAAUGCACAACGUACAACUGGUAUGUCGAAUUUGCCUUUCCAAAGAUGAUGGUUCUGAUCCUUUUAUAAAUAUAAUUCCGAAGGAGCAGCCGGAUUCAGAAUUACCUAUACUCGUUGCUCUAGGAAAUAUUUGUGGAUUGGAGGUUUCGCCGGACGAUUCUUACUCGAAGUUGAUAUGCCCGAAAUGUCACACCCGACUAGAGGAUGCUUAUAAUCUGCGUUUGCUGGCUCAGCGGUCUGAAGUAACAUUUGCCAGUAUGUCUCCAAAAUCGGAAGCAGACAUGAUGGACGACGAUUUUCGCAUGUACCUCGAUAGCGAAGAUUCGGCUUCAACAAUCUCGCUUGAAUCAGAUGAUGAAUUUACCGAUAUGGAUUUUGAAAGUGAUGAAGAAAAUUCACUUGUACCUUAUUUUAAUGGACGGGUGCAAAGCGCAAACGAUGGACAAGCUUGUUGCGCAUGUGAUGAAGUGUUUCAAAGCAAGAAAGAUCUGAGGAAACAUUCAGCCGAGAAACAUCGCACUAAUAAACCAGCAAUUUUAGUAGUAGGAAGCGAGUACAAGUGUAACGUCUGCUAUGAACAUUUUGAGAGUACAGAAGCGGUGACAGCUCACAAGGCUGGUAAAAACAACGUCCGUCCGCCGAUACAGUGUGAAUACUGUAGAUGCAAGUUUCGUGUCUUGGAGGAUAUGAACGAACACAAAAGCACAUUCCAUAAGGACAAUCUGUUCAAAUGUUGUGGUUGUAGCUCCGUAUUUGAAGACCGAAUAGAGUUUCUCACACAUUGUCUAUUUCACAAACAUAAGGUGAAACAGAAAGCUAGUCAACUGAAGCACCCGCGAAAAAAAUAUGAUUGUCUGGUAUGCUACAAACAGUUCAAAAGUCUCGAAGAGCAACGAGUCCAUGAACUGGCACCCUAUGGAAUUGUCCGGACCCUGAAGAGUGCUAAAGAAGUUGCAGCAAGUGAAUCAAAACCGGCAGAAAAAUCCACUGCUAACGGUUUAUGCUGUGGUUGUUUUUUGGUCUAUGAAACCAAUUCCGAAUUAAAGGCGCACCAAGAUCAGGUGCAUAAAUCUAAUAGAACAGAGAAAAAUAAAGCUUCAGAGAAAAAUAAAGCUGAGUGCGGGGGUUGUUACCGACAUUUCCGCUCACAGUUUGCAGUUAAUAAGCAUCUGGUCAUGGCUGCUAGCAGGAAACGCUUCGACUGUAGCAAAUGCCCUGCGCUGAGACAUACUAUGCAGGAUAUCAUGAAUCAUUAUGAAACCCAUAAAGGACCAAAAUCAUUCCUGUGCUGCGGUUGCCCCAAGCGAUUUGAUUCGACUGAAGAGCUAGAAGAACACUCAAAAGAAGUCCACGCCAAGAAGCCUAAGAUAUAUCAUGACGGUGGUGUACCGGUGGAGCGACCAUUCGAAUGCAAUGUUUGUUACAGAAGGUACAACACCAGAAAAGACGUUCGUAAUCAUCAACAGCAAUCAUACACCUUGAAAGUGUUUGUAUGCGAUAUUUGCGGAAUGGGUUUUAAACAAAAGGCUGGUCUUACCACGCAUCUUUUAACACACGAAACGGAAGCGAAAUAUCCGUGUCCCGAGUGUGGGAAGAAGUAUAAAACGCCGGAGAAAGUUAAGGCCUGUUUAUUUAAACAUCAAAAUCCCCGGGCCCAUCAAUGUAAGAUAUGCAAUGCACCGUUCGAUAGUCGCGAAAAAUUGAACUCGCACUUGAUCUCGCAUUCAGACGAGCGUCGUUACAAAUGUGAGAUCUGUGAAAAAACUUUCAAACGUAGUUUCCAUAAACGGAAGCAUAUGACCCAACACAGCAGUGAACCGUGGUAUACCUGUCGAUUUUGCCCAUCUAUGUACCGGAGUACCAUAGCGCGUUCCAAGCAUGAAGUAAAGCACACCAAGGUGCAUCCUUAUCAAUGCGAGAUUUGCAACAAAGGAUUGUUGACGCGUGACACUUAUAUUAAGCACUACGAGAGGCAUAUUGACGAAUCAGACAAGGUGUUUCAAUGUGACCGUUGCGAAGUGCAUUACAGCAAGGAUCAUUUUCUGUCUAAUCAUUUGAUGUACACACACUUAGUUCAACCGACUGAUGAAAACUGGAAAAAGAAAUUCAAUCGACGCAAACCAGGACGGCAAAACGUAAAUGAGACCGAACCCGAUGCACAGAGCGAGUGAAUUGUAGCCGUGAGCAAUUUUCUACACAGCGAUGCGCGAAGGAUUGUAGCAAAGCGACGAGGUGUGCGAAAGACUGUGUUAAUCUGCAAUAUCUGGUCGCAGUUGAACACAUUGUUUAUUCACUUAGAAAACCGUUAGUCGAAGACACUACAGCCGAUCAUCAUUUGGUUAAACGCCCCAAUUCUUAUGCCCUAAAAAUACAAAGCUGCCCAGUAAAGCUCAGCGUGAAUUGAACUGGAAUUCUGACUGGUUCCAGUUCGUACACGGGCUCCAGUGGCACAACCGAUUCUAACUAGAAUCGGUUGUGUCACUGGAGCCAGAAUACGAACUGGAACCAGCCAGAAUUCCGGUUCAUUUCCGGCUGAGCUUAACUGGGUGUAAUUACAUUAUUAUACACACAAAACUAAGAAUGCUUAAAUUUUAUUUCUUACACAAAUUCGCCAGGUUUUCUUGCUUGAUAACUGUGGAAAUAGUUGCAUAUAUGAGUUUGGGUGGCCGUGCUCAUAUGACGUAUUCAGCUUAUGUACCAUAAUUAGGCAAUCUAUUAGAUGUUUGUUUGACAAUUCAACGGUGGGUUCUGUCAACAAGUCUACUCCUGCGAACAGAAAAACUCGUCCGACAAACAACUUUGUUAGUCCGAUUCGUUUGAUGUUGGAUCGAAUCAACGAUAUUGUCGGACGUCGCACCCCUCGGAGUAACGAUCGAAUCGAUUGUGUCACUGGAGCCGGAAUAUAGGUUUUACACCAUCCGACAUAACCCUACAAAAUGAGCCGGAUGAACUUCGUUUGACAAUUCUCGGUGGUUUGUUUAGAUGGAAGUUACGUGAGUUUGAAUGUAUCAGAUGAGCACCCUAGUGAGCACCCGUUGCACUCGCACUCCCGCUACUGGCAAUGUGAACAAACCACCGAGAAUUGUCAAACAUAAACUUCAUCAUGCGUCCAUUCGUGUCGUCAUUUUGUAGAACUCAAUUAUCGUUACAGACUGUUGAAACCUGGAAAAUCCAACCAGCGACAAUUGUUUUGACGUAGGACUACGUCUUUGUUUUCGAUAUGGGGGUGCACGUUGCAAAUUCAACAAAAAUGGUAUGUAACGAAAAGUGGUCCAAUUUUAAACGCUUAUAAUUCAGCCAUCUUACGAAAAAAUUUCAUUUUUUUGCGCAUAUCGCCCAGAAAUACUUCUAAGAAUUGAUUCCAAUAGAUAAACCCAAAGAUUUUUGAUAUAAUGGCAUUAAAAUUUUAAAUAAUGUUCAACAUAGUUAAAAUACCACGCAUUUGCACACAGAAGGCUGCGCUUCCCUAGUCUGGCACGACAGAUUUAUGUACCAAACGCGCAACGCUUCUAUGAAUGACGUCACCAUCGACUAUUUAAAGAGCAGAUUUGGUCGGGCAAGCUCAGUUAACUCUUGGACAGCAAGCAGAGCACUGCGCUUCAUGCUCCCACAGCCAGUGUAGCAGAGGCUGGCGUCGUGGUACUAGUUGUCUCUUUCGCACCACCCAUCAUCACCAGCGUCGACUCAUUUUGCUUGGUGCGUAUCUUCCAUUCGUGUACGGACACGAUGUACUGGAACAGCUUUUUGAUUCAAGCACGGAACACCGUUCGCUUGGGUUUAUUGUUUGAGGCGAAUGUGUAGGUAUAUCCAAGUGUUGCGUGUAUGAUAGAAAUCUGAGCUUUCGUUGCGCGAAGCGAAAGCUUUCGGGUUUUCUUUGCGUUGUCUAGUCUCCAUGACAGGCUAAGGAGACGAAAACUUUCUUAGCAACAAAUUCACGCGAAUGGAUAGAUGAAAGCGCAACGAAGUUUUAUUAUUUACGUUUCAUCAAUUUAUUGAUUCCACGAGAUUCAUAUCCACUCAACCUAUCCCACUUUGAUUCUACCAAUACAUAGGUACUACAAAGCCUAUUUAUGAAUGGAUGCACUGUUACUCAAAAAAUCGCUGCAAAAAAUGCAUCUAAGUCCAUCCAUAAAACUGUUUUCGAUUCUUGUAUAUAUGAUUAAGACCACUGCAUUCGCUAUAUUUAUGUGUACUUUAGGAAAAUUACAAUAACGGCAAAAUAAAACUAUAAAGCUUGUCCUAUACAAGAACUGUGACUAUAUUGUCUAAAACAUGAUUUUUAAGCAUCGGUCUGGUUGUUUAUUGCACACAAUAGAAUUUUUUUUAAAUUUUAAAGCAGUUUCAGAUAUUAGUUCGGUUUCCAUCACAGUUUUCUGUCUGCUUUCUUUAAUCGGAUUCGAUCGCUCAUUGUAAAUAAAAUGACCUGAUGAGCAAGACGGUUUGAUUCAUGAAGUGAACUGUAGAAAGAAAUGUUUGAUUAAUUAUUAAUCCAAAUGUAAUAAGAAAUUAAAUAUUUCACGUAUUGCAGUCCUACGUCUGCAAUUCGUACAAUCCGAUAGGGCUGUCCCUUGUAGUUUUUUCUCUUGUUUGGUGCUACUCCAUGAUGUUGGAAGCGAGGGGCGAUUCACUUCAGCAUUUUCGAUUCAGACUUACGUAUUGAGAGACGCAUUUGUGUAUUUUUCGUGAAAUGAUAUGUAUUUUGUGUAUUGAUGAAUUUGUUUAUAAUUCUUAUGUAUUAGAGUAUUA